AUAAAACAUCUUUACUUCGUAGGAAGUCGAUAAAAAGAUUAGUGUGGGAUUUGUUUACAAUUAAAUGUUUUCAUUCGAGUCUACCCUCGCUCAUAAAUGAUUCAUAAAAGCUAUCGUUAAACAUAUGAUUUCUGUUUCUGUUUAUAUUUCGUUUGUGUUUAUUUUAAACUAAAAAUCUUCUGUGAGAAACUGAGGCGAAGUUUCAUCAAAGAGUCAGAAAAGCUUGCCGGGUACGGUUUGCUUACUUGGGGUUGUCUUCCGGAGCUCCUCUCUCUCGCAUUUGAAUUGUGUGUAGUGUAUUCUAAAUCUAAUACAAAAUUGUUAGAAAAUGGUCUCUCCCACUAUGUACUGGCAUAAAAACAAAUUAAACGACAUCAAGUACUCUGUGAAUAGAAUUGAAAGAAAUGAAGAAACAAGAGGCAUUCGUGCAUCUCUAUUCAACUCGCUAUCACCGAUAAUUCUAAGCACUGGACUUGGUCGGUCAGAAGAAAUCGGUGCAGCUAUUGCAAAAGCAGGUGAGCUGCCGGUGAAAUAUUCGCAAUACACAAAUCACAAGAAAUACUACGACUGCGACUACGGUGACGGUUCAGUGAACACAUUUAACCCCAAGUUACGAGCUCUUCUUAUUUUGGUGGCACUUCUCUUGGUCGGUUAUAAAAUUUACAAUAUUACAAUGCCUUACACCAGUCAAGAGAGUCUCUCCAAUAUCGGAAUAAUUACACAAAAAAAACUGAAUGAUGCCUUUGAAUGGGCGGCUCAGCCAGAUGUCCGAAAUAAAAUAAAUCCAAUUCUCUGUGGAUUAGCAUUUUCAGUGUUUUCAUUCUUCCUCGUAUACUUAGAUAGCAAUGUUCCUGGAAUCAAUCCACCAUCUCCAUUCUCUCCACGCUCAAAAAUGCUAUAUCGCCGCCAGAAGACUAGCUCCAUCCAUCUGGGGUAUUUAACGGCCAUAGCUGGUGGGUUAGUAGUUAGCGCAUUAAUGAUGUUGGAUUUUUAAAGAAAAUCUAAACUCAAAUUAAACAAAAAUGUGCCUUUGGAGAUGUAGGACUUAAUGAAUUUCCACAUUAAAGCAACACAAAAUAAGUAUUAUAGUACAAAUAAUUAUUUAUUUUUCUUUAGAUAUAUCGAAUACAAAAUAUACAACAAUUAUUGUAGGUUUGUAUAUUACACAAUAUUCCUCUUUUUUAAGUUUAUUGAAAUACAUAGUUAUAUUAUUAUACUGGUUAAUAAUAAAUAAUUUAUGUUA